AAUAAAAAGUAUAUAAAAAUGAAGAGUUACUUCUCUACAAUCAGUGCUAGAAAAGGCAUUUUUGGUAGGAUGACAACCAGCUUCACGUCAUAUCGCCGUAGCAAAGUAAAAAGUAAAUCGAACAACGAUAUUUCUUCUGUAGUAGCCGAGGUGAACGGUGUUAGUGGUGAGCUACAUAACUCAUCACAACAUGUCUCUAACGAUGAUCUCUCAGAUUUAGCCGAAAUGAUGGAUAUAAACAUUAAUAAAGAGGAACAAGUAUCGGCUGAGGAUGUAGCUGUUGUACGAAAAGAGCACAACAACCGACGUAGUAUUGUAAGUGCAAACACUCAAAUGGACAACGAUGUUACACCAGUCUACUUGGCAGCGCAGGAAGGGCAUUUGGAAGUGCUGAAGUUUUUGGUUCUUGAAGCAGGCGGUUCACUUUAUGUACGCGCACGCGACGGCAUGGCACCGAUACACGCUGCCUCCCAAAUGGGAUGUCUGGAUUGCCUUAAGUGGAUGGUUCAAGACCAAGGAGUUGAUCCCAAUUUACGAGAUGGGGAUGGUGCUACCCCCUUACACUUUGCUGCUUCACGAGGUCAUCUUUCCGUCGUUCGCUGGCUGCUUAAUCAUGGUGCAAAGCUUUCACUGGACAAAUAUGGCAAAUCACCAAUUAAUGAUGCCGCAGAAAAUCAACAAGUAGAGUGUCUAAACGUGUUAGUGCAACAUGGCAGCUCGGUGGAGUACAGUUGUCGUGACAAGAACCCCUUGCAACGGCAUAAAACUUGUUCCUUAUCUAGCAAGCAACUGCAGGAGACGCAAAACUGUAGUUUCAAUGGCAGCGACAGUGUUAACUGUAUCGGCAACUGCUCUCAUGGGAGCUGCAAUUCAAAUAGCAGUAAACAGACUAGCCGCAGCAACACCAUAAAAUCGAAGACAUCGUCGACUUUAAGCUCAGACAUUGAGCCAUUUUACUUGCAUCCACCAUCUAGUAUGAUGGCUCACAAGCGUGUUGACGCGUUUUACGCACACUCGCAACAUUCACGGUCAUCUUCUGAAAAAUUGUACAAUAGUCAAAUGGUGCCGAGCGAUGGCUUGUAUAUCAAUCCAAUGCGUAAUAGCUUCUUCAUGCCCCCCUCACCCACUGGAAGCGUUUCGGGAGAAUCAUUCUUUCUUCACGAUCCGCAAGAGCUAAUUUAUAAUCGGGUGCGAGAGUUGUUUGACUCGGACUGUAGCAGCGUUAGGCAAUCAAAGCCCAAAAUCAAUCGACACAAAUCUCAAAAUAAGAACAACAAAUCGAAUUCAAUAAACAAUGCUGUGACCGUACAGGCAGAUGUCCACUCAAGCUCAAGUGGCACUGGAAGUGGAUCCGAGGAGUCUAUUUCAGUUUCAGUUCAAUCAAGUAUGAAUUCGCCCAAGGCAAACAAUCUUCGGAGCCACAGUUUCAAUCUUCAUCCAAAGUGCAACAAUCAAAUAAGCCGUCGUGAUCAAAAUUUAAAAAACAGCAUUGGUGUUAAAAUGAGUACCAACAAAAUUUCAAAAAUAAAUGAUAAUAUAAUAUCUGGGCUCAACUACAAUAAAAAUAAUAUCUGUAGCAGCAACAAUAAUAUAAAGAAAGAGAACCAAAAUGAAAUUUCAAAACCAUCGAACUCAAAUAUUUUGAACAAUGAAAAGCACGCGGCGGAAAAUGCGCAUGAUCAUGAUUACGAGGAUAUAUACUUGGUGCGUGAGGAAGCUCGAAAAAAUCAACACAAAUUUGCAUCUGGCCGAUCUCGGUCUCGCGAUAGUGGUUCUCAUUCACGUUCAGCUAGCACCUCCUCAACUCGCAGUACAGAUGUCGUACUCCAAUACAGCAAUCAUCGAAAUAAGCAAUUAUCAACAGUCCGAAUCGGCAGUUUCAACAAUGGCAACAUUGCUUGUGAAAGCUAUCACGUUUGUAAUGACCAACAAGAAGGCAGAACGCAGUCGCAAAACUACCAUUUACAUCAAGCAGAUAUCCAACAAAGGCAGCUGCAUCAAGGCUAUCAACAAUCUCAAGCUUAUGGAUCUUCAGCCGAGGACCACUAUGAACUGCAGCAGGCACAAUACGGAUACAAUAAUUCGAAUAUUGGUCUACCACCUGGAGCACAUUGUACUCGCCCGGGCGGCCCGAAUUUAGUUAAUAAGCAGUUAGUGCUGCCUUUCGUGCCCCCCAGUUUCCCAAACAAAUCGCAAGACGGCGUAACUCAUCUCAUAAAACCAUCCGAGUAUCUAAAGAGUAUAAGUGAUAAACGAUCGUGCCCUUCCUCUGCAAGAUCGACGGAUAGUGAGGAUUAUAUGCAUAUCCAGGUGACUAAUCAACAUGCAGCCGGCUUCGAGCCUCCGAAGCCACCACCGCCACCACCACUUCCAGUUCAUCCUGUAACACAACACAAUGAGAAGCAUAGCAAUAUGAAAACAAUGAAUUCGCACGUGUCCAUAGUCAAUCAGGAUACUGCGACGCGUAAACAACAUCAGCCACUCUCUGCCAUUUCUAUUCAGGACCUUAACAGUGUCCAGCUUCGACGAACAGAUACUCAGAAAAUGCCUAAGCCGUAUCAAAUGCCAGCACGUAGCCUUAGUAUGCAGUGUCUGACCACUUCAUCGGAAGUUUAUCUUAAGACCGACCUAAUUGCUGAAUUAAAGAUAUCAAAGGAUAUUUCAGGCAUAAAAUUUACAGCCAACAAUUAUAUGGAUCAGAUUCCAGAAAAAGAUCAAACUGGCAACGUGAUUCCGGAUUGGAAGCGCCAAAUGAUGGCUAAGAAGGCUGCCGAGCGUGCUAAGAAAGAAUUCUACAUACUAUAUGGCUUGAAAGAAAAUUUUAAUUUUCAUUGGGAAUUAUCAACCAGAUCGACGGAUAGUGAGGAUUAUAUGCAUAUCCAGGUGACUAAUCAACAUGCAGCCGGCUUCGAGCCUCCGAAGCCACCACCGCCACCACCACUUCCAGUUCAUCCUGUAACACAACACAAUGAGAAGCAUAGCAAUAUGAAAACAAUGAAUUCGCACGUGUCCAUAGUCAAUCAGGAUACUGCGACGCGUAAACAACAUCAGCCACUCUCUGCCAUUUCUAUUCAGGACCUUAACAGUGUCCAGCUUCGACGAACAGAUACUCAGAAAAUGCCUAAGCCGUAUCAAAUGCCAGCACGUAGCCUUAGUAUGCAGUGUCUGACCACAUCAUCGGAAGUUUAUCUUAAGACCGACCUAAUUGCUGAAUUAAAGAUAUCCAAGGAUAUUUCAGGCAUCAAAAAGAUGAAGGUGGAAAAACAAUUAGCUGGUCAUUUUGAUUCUGAAAAUUAUUCGGAAAUUUCGAAACAGUUUACAGCCAACAACUAUAUGGAUCAGCUUUAUUUGCAGAUUCCAGAAAAAGAUCAAACUGGCAACGUGAUUCCGGAUUGGAAGCGCCAAAUGAUGGCUAAGAAGGCUGCCGAGCGUGCUAAGAAAGAAUUCGAAGAACGAAUGGCGAAAGAAGCUGAGAAUAGGCGGCUCUCACAAAUACCUCAGUGGAAAAGAGAUUUGCUUGCGCGGCGUGAAGAGACUGAAAAUAAAUUAAAAUCUUCAAUUUAUACACCCAAAGUGGAGGAAAAUAAUCGCAUAGCUGAGACAUGGCAGCUAAAGAACAGAGCCUUUUCAAUUGACAACAUUAAUUUGGUUUCUCCAUGCACCGACACUCAGACACCUGAUUCAGAAGUGUGUGAUAACAGCAACAAGGAAAACAAAGGCCAAAAUGAACAAACCACAAUAGGCAAUAUGCCGCCGACAACAGAGGAAGCCAACACACAGAACAUAUCCACUGAGAAGCAAUACAUCAAAGUCGAUGACACUGACAACAUUAUUCCAUGGCGAGCCCAAUUGCGAAAAACAAACAGUAGACUAAGUUUAAUUUAAAGACAUACAUGAGGGCUUAUAGCAACGAAAACAAUUGAGAAAAAACUUUUUGCUUUUUGCAUUGUGCACAUUAUUGAAAUAAUUUAUGUGCAUACAUACAUAUGAAUGUACUUAUGUGCAUAGAUAUACAUAAGUAUAUGCAUUCACGGCAUAUGCUUAACUACAUAAAUCUGUGUAAAUAUUUACAUAUGUGCGUACAUAUAGUAUACAUAUAUGUAUCUAUCUACUUACUAUAAAUAAUAUAU